UUGAGGAUUAAGAAAUCGAGGCUGAGAAGUGAAGUACCUUGCCGAAGACCUCAUACCUAGUAGGUGUGGAGACGAGCUUCAGACCCCGGCCACUGAAUUUAGGGGACAUUUAAAAUUUUGAUGAUUCCUGCCAAAUUCCCUUCUAAAAGGGGGAGUGACCGUUUCCCUGCACCUUCAACCCCCCCAACAUCUGCAUUCCUGCAAAGUGCUAAGUGAAAAACUGUUAGAAUUCACAGGUUUGCCUGCAAUGAGAUUUCAUUCUCUACAUAUAAAGGACAUCCUUUCUGAGCUGCUGUGAAUAAAUUUGGAAUGAUACUGUAUAUUUUCAUCUGAUGGAGAAUUAGCUGUACCUUGAGUUUGGAUUGCUGCACUGGACGACCUAAGAAUAUCGCUCACGAUGUCAUCAAACAGGAGUCAGAAUCCCCAUGGACUGAAGCAGAUUGGCCUUGACCAGAUCUGGGACGACCUCCGCGCUGGAAUCCAGCAAGUAUAUACCAGACAGAGUAUGGCGAAAUCCAGAUACAUGGAGCUCUACACUCACGUUUAUAACUACUGCACGAGUGUUCACCAGUCAAACCAGGCCCGAGGGGCUGGCGUCCCUCCCUCCAAAUCGAAAAAGGGUCAGACGCCUGGGGGAGCUCAGUUUGUUGGCUUGGAAUUAUACAAACGACUUAAAGAAUUUUUGAAGAAUUACUUGACAAAUCUUCUUAAGGAUGGAGAAGAUUUGAUGGAUGAGAGCGUACUGAAGUUCUACACUCAACAAUGGGAGGAUUAUCGAUUUUCCAGCAAAGUGCUGAAUGGAAUUUGUGCCUACCUCAAUAGACAUUGGGUUCGCCGUGAAUGUGACGAGGGACGGAAAGGAAUAUAUGAAAUCUAUUCUCUUGCGUUGGUGACUUGGAGAGAUUGUCUGUUCAGGCCGUUGAAUAAACAGGUAACAAAUGCUGUUUUAAAACUGAUUGAAAAGGAAAGAAACGGUGAAACCAUCAACACAAGACUGAUAAGUGGAGUUGUACAGUCUUACGUGGAGUUGGGGCUGAAUGAAGACGACGCCUUUGCCAAGGGUCCUACGCUGACAGUGUAUAAAGAGUCCUUUGAAUCUCAGUUUUUGGCCGACACGGAGAGAUUUUAUACCAGGGAGAGCACUGAAUUCUUGCAGCAGAACCCAGUGACUGAAUAUAUGAAAAAGGCAGAGGCCCGUCUGCUCGAGGAACAACGAAGAGUCCAGGUCUACCUUCACGAAAGCACACAAGAUGAACUAGCAAGGAAGUGCGAGCAAGUGCUCAUUGAAAAACACCUGGAGAUUUUCCACACAGAAUUCCAGAAUUUGUUGGAUGCUGACAAAAAUGAAGAUUUGGGGCGCAUGUAUAAUCUCGUAUCUAGAAUCCAGGAUGGCCUAGGAGAAUUGAAAAAACUUCUAGAGACACACAUCCAUAAUCAGGGUCUCGCAGCCAUUGAAAAGUGUGGAGAAGCUGCUCUAAAUGACCCCAAGAUGUAUGUACAGACAGUGUUGGAUGUUCACAAAAAAUACAAUGCCCUGGUGAUGUCGGCGUUCAACAACGAUGCUGGUUUCGUGGCUGCACUUGACAAGGCCUGUGGUCGCUUCAUCAACAACAACGCAGUUACCAAAAUGGCCCAGUCGUCCAGUAAAUCCCCCGAGUUGCUGGCUCGAUACUGCGACUCCUUGUUGAAGAAAAGUUCCAAGAACCCAGAAGAAGCAGAGCUAGAAGACACGCUCAACCAAGUGAUGGUGGUCUUCAAGUAUAUAGAGGAUAAAGACGUGUUCCAGAAAUUCUAUGCAAAGAUGCUGGCCAAAAGACUCGUACAUCAGAACAGUGCCAGUGAUGAUGCCGAAGCAAGCAUGAUCUCUAAACUAAAGCAAGCUUGUGGUUUUGAAUAUACCUCUAAACUUCAGCGGAUGUUUCAAGACAUUGGUGUGAGCAAAGAUUUGAAUGAGCAGUUCAAAAAGCACCUGACGAACUCAGAACCGCUAGACUUGGACUUCAGCAUCCAGGUGCUAAGCUCCGGGUCGUGGCCCUUCCAGCAGUCCUGCACGUUCGCCUUGCCGUCAGAGCUGGAACGCAGUUAUCAGCGAUUCACAGCUUUUUACGCUAGCCGUCACAGUGGCAGAAAACUGACCUGGCUGUAUCAGCUGUCCAAAGGAGAAUUGGUAACCAACUGCUUCAAAAAUCGAUACACUUUGCAGGCAUCCACCUUCCAGAUGGCGAUCCUGCUUCAGUACAACACGGAAGAUGCGUAUGCUGUGCAGCAGCUGACUGACAGCACUCAGAUCAAAAUGGACAUUUUGGCACAAGUCCUACAGAUUUUAUUGAAGUCGAAGUUACUGGUUCUGGAAGACGAGAACGCGAACGUUGAUGAGGUGGAAUUGAAGCCAGACACCUUAAUCAAAUUGUAUCUCGGUUAUAAAAAUAAAAAGUUAAGGGUUAAUAUCAACGUGCCGAUGAAAACUGAACAGAAGCAGGAACAAGAGACCACACACAAAAAUAUCGAGGAGGACCGCAAGCUGCUGAUUCAGGCGGCCAUCGUGAGGAUCAUGAAGAUGCGGAAGGUCUUGAAGCACCAGCAGCUGCUCGGAGAAGUGCUGACUCAGCUGUCCUCGAGGUUCAAGCCGCGGGUCCCAGUGAUCAAGAAAUGCAUUGACAUUCUGAUCGAGAAGGAAUAUCUGGAGCGAGUUGAUGGGGAAAAGGACACCUACAGUUACUUGGCUUAGCCCUUCCGGAAGGGUCUGCCUGUGCGAGCCGCAGCAGGUAGUUCCGGGCCGAGAGAAGAGCUCCAUCCAGCUCGCAGCAGCCAGCCUGGCGCCGUCCGGACCUCCCUUUUUAAAACCGAGACCGAGGCUCCCACCGGCCGGUCUCAGACGAACAUCAGAACUGCUCAGGAUUGACACGUUUCAAGUCUGUAAAUACGGACACCGACGCCAUUUAACCUAAUUUAAGAAGAGGGGCGUCGCGCCCCGAGGGCUGCAUGCUACCGCAUUUAAACCAGUCCAUUGGCUGCGAGGCCGACGGCCGCCGUCCUUGGGCAUCGGCGUUGGCAGCACCCCCUUUGAGAGCAAGUCUCACGGACCCACGUGUAGUCUGCUAUGAAAAACCAUUUGUAUAGUGUGUUUCAUUUUUUAAUGUGUGAAAAUAAAGAGAAUUAAAGAAUUUCCGUA